AUGCAUAGACAUGUGCUUCGUAGGUGUCUCUCUUGGAGCGCAGUUGUUCGAGCAAAGGAACAAACUGUACGACCACCUAUUCAGGAACAUAGACUAUUCCAGGUGCAUGGUGUGGAAGGGCGUUACGCGGCAGCACUAUAUUCAGCAGCUUCCAAGGACAAGCAGCUCGAUGCCAUCGAUAAAGAUAUGAAAUCGUUGCAGAAUGUCUAUAAUACCAGCUUGAAAUUCAAGGUGCAUGGUGUGGAAGGGCGUUACGCGGCAGCACUAUAUUCAGCAGCUUCCAAGGACAAGCAACUCGAUACCAUCGAUAAAGAUAUGAAAUCGUUGCAGAAUGUCUAUAAUACCAGCUUGAAAUUCAAGGAAUUUGUACUCAAUCCAACCCUAACUCCGUUGAUCAAAGUGAACACUGUCAAGGACAUUGCUAAAAGUUUGAGUAUAAGCAAGGGAGCACUCAAUUUUUUGGGUAUGUUUUGGCACCAAUCUUACGUUAUUGUUUUUUAACA